CUGUGCCUGCAGACAAAAAACACCUCACCUCUGCUGAGAUUUCCCCUCAUUGACAUCAUCCUGAGGUUUUUCUGUUCAACUUUAUCAGUCUACAGGAAUUUAAUGAAAUCUUUUCUUGGAGUGUGUGCUUGAUGACUGCGGUAGGUUUUAAAGCGGCAGCCCUGUGGCUGCUGUUGCUGCAGCAGCUGCUGCUCACCGUCGCAGCUCAGGGUAUUGUCUAUGACCUGCUGGUGUCUCCAGACUGCCUGCCAGACUUGCUCCAAGGAAGCCUGAAGAACAAAGGCAGGGAUGAGGCAUUCCUUCUCUCAUCCUUCCGGCUCCAAAACCGGGCCCCCACCUCUCUCUUCAGUGUGAUCAACCCCAAAGACAACACUAAGUACUUGGAGCUGACUGUGCAAGCCAAACUGAGCAAAGUGACACUUCGUUACCAGAAGACUGACGGCAGGUUUGGGACCACCAGUUUCAACCACGCCUCCUUGGCAGAUGGACGGGAGCACCAUGUCAUGCUGCACGCCAGCGGCCUCCAGCACGGCCCACCUCGCCUCAACCUCUACGUUGAUUGCAGGCUGGCUCAUACUCUGAAUGACCUGCCGGCUGCAUUUGGGUCACUCCCAGCUGGGCCCAACACGGUGGCACUGAGGACCCUGCAGUCAAGUGGACAGGAUGAACUGACAGACUUGAAGCUGGUUAUUGAGGAUACCAUCGACAACGUAGCCACCCUGCAGGACUGUACCAUGGAACGAGCUGAGUCUCUGCACCUGCUUGGUUUCCAGGGAGGCAGGGUGGUGCAAGAUCAGACCACCAUGCAGGAGCUGAAGAGCAUGUUGUCUGAGAUGAGGGAGCUGCUCCACAAGCAGAUUAAGGAAACAAACUUUCUGAGGAACACCAUUGCAGAGUGUCUGGCUUGUGGACUCGGGGGUAGUCCCACCAACCCCGUUCCAGCUCCAAGUCCCAGGCUGCCUUCCCAUCUGACUCAGUGCCCACUAGGGACCUGUUUCCGACAGAACAUGUGCAUCCCCUCACAGUCAGGGGGCUUCCAGUGUGCCCCCUGUCCUGAUGGAUACACAGGAGAUGGGGUUCAAUGUGAUGAUGUAGAUGAGUGCAGCUUCAAUCCGUGCUUUUCUGGUGUUCGGUGUGUGAACACUGCUCCUGGUUUUCGCUGUGAGAAAUGUCCUCUGGGGUACACGGGACCAGAGAUAAAUGGUGUCGGAGUUUCUUAUGCCAAAUCUCACAAACAGGUGUGUGAAGACUUAGAUGAGUGUCUGGGCCCACCUGAGAAUGGCGGCUGCACCCCCAACUCACAAUGCUACAACACUAUUGGCUCCUUUAAAUGUGGAGAGUGUAGGGCUGGUUUCACUGGUGACCAGCUGGCGGGCUGUCAUGGCUCCAGCCUGUGCCCCAAUGGGCAGCCAAACCCUUGUGACAUAAAUGGGGAAUGCAUUGUGGAGAGAGAUGGGAGCAUUAGCUGUGUGUGUGGCAUUGGUUGGGCUGGCAACGGUUAUGUAUGUGGGAAAGACACAGAUAUUGACGCAUAUCCAGACAAUAGUCUUCAGUGCAGAGGCAACAACUGUAACCAGGACAACUGUGUGUUUGUGCCCAACUCUGGCCAAGAAGAUGCAGACAGGGAUGGGUCCGGUGACGCCUGUGAUGAUGACGCAGACAAUGAUGGCAUCAUUAACAUAGAUGAUAACUGCUGGCUGGUCCCAAAUGUUGACCAGAAGAACAGUGAUAAAGAUAUCCAUGGCGAUGCCUGUGACAACUGCAGAACAAUCGUAAAUCCCUCACAGAGGGACACGGACCAGGACGGGCUGGGAGAUGAAUGUGAUGAUGACAUGGACGGAGAUGGCUUAAAAAAUCUUCUUGAUAACUGCCAGCGAGACCCCAACCCAGACCAGAGAGACAGGGACAAUGACGGUGUAGGGGAUGCAUGUGACAGCUGUCCUGAUGUUGCCAACCCUAAUCAGUCGGACUCAGACGACGACCUUGUAGGAGAUACCUGUGAUGACAACAUAGACAGUGAUGGUGACGGUCACCAGAACACGAAGGACAACUGUCCCACUGUCAUCAACUCGUCUCAGCUGGACACGGACAAGGAUGGAAUGGGAGAUGAAUGUGACGAUGACGACGAUAAUGACGGCAUACCAGAUGGAGAUGAUAACUGCAGACUGGUUCCCAACCCAGACCAAAGGGACUCAGACAUGGACAAAGUUGGAGAUGCAUGUGAGGGAGACUUUGAUAGGGACAACGUGAUUGACAUCAUCGACCACUGCCCAGAGAACGCUGAGGUCACGUUGACCGACUUCAGAGCCUACCAGACUGUAGUGCUGGACCCAGAGGGAGAAUCCCAGAUAGACCCCAACUGGGUGGUACUCAACCAGGGUAUGGAGAUAGUACAGACCAUGAACUCUGAUCCCGGUCUUGCUGUUGGCUAUAAAGCCUUCAGCGGAGUUGACUUUGAGGGAACCUUCCACGUAAACACAGUGACGGACGAUGAUUACACUGGUUUCAUUUUUGGCUACCAGGACUCGUCCUCCUUCUACGUGGUGAUGUGGAAACAGACUGAACAGACCUACUGGCAGGCCGCGCCCUUCCGGGCUGUCGCUGAGCCAGGAAUACAACUGAAGGUGGUGAAGUCUAAGACAGGUCCUGGUGAGUACAUGAGGAACUCCCUGUGGCACACAGGAAACACAACGGACCAGGUGCGUCUUCUGUGGAAGGACCCCAGGAACGUUGGCUGGAAGGACAAGGUUUCCUACCGCUGGUUCCUCCAGCACAGACCACAGGUCGGAUACAUCAGAGCUCGCUUCUAUGAGGGUUCCAAACUGGUGGCGGACACAGGGGUGAUCAUUGACACCAGUAUGAGAGGUGGGCGACUGGGUGUGUUCUGCUUCUCUCAGGAAAACAUCAUCUGGUCCAAUCUGAAGUACCGCUGCAACGACAACAUUCCUGCUGACUAUGAAGAGCCAGAAAGAGUGGACUGAAGGGGCAGAGUGCUGAAGGGUGGCAUUACCAUAAAGAAAGAAGACACUGAGCUAUGUUGCUGGAGCAAAAAAAAAGGUCAUAGGUCAGAGAAAAAAGAAAGCGUCAGAAGAAAAGAGACCAUUUCCAUGACUGCAUUUAAAGGAGCUGAAUAUUGGGCAUUAUGUCCUGUAAUAGUUCAAUAAAUAAAUCAGCAGUUUCUUUCAAUGUCUACGCAUUAUAUUAUCUUUAGUUUAUUAGUGCUGUACAAAAAGUAAUAGGCUUUAACUGACCAUUUUACUGACCAACUAAAAACAAUAAAUCUUGGACACUGUGCAUAAUAAAA